AUGUUGGAGAUCCAGCUGGACGAUGGCGGCGUCGGCGGCUACCCCGGGGACGACUACUGCUCGGGCUCGGUGAUGUCGGAGCGCGUCUCGGGCCUGGCCAACAGCAUCUACCGCGAGUUCGAGCGCCUGAUCCGCUGCUACGACGAGGAGGUGGUGAAGGAGCUGAUGCCGCUGGUGGUGACGGUGCUGGAGAACCUCGACUCGGUGCUGACCGACAACCAGGAGCACGAGGUGGAGCUGGAGCUGCUGCGGGAGGACAACGAGCAGCUGCUCACCCAGUACGAGCGGGAGAAGGCGCUGCGCAAGCAGGCCGAGGAGAAAUUCAUUGAAUUUGAAGAUGCACUGGAACAGGAAAAGAAAGAGUUGCAGGUUCAGGUGGAGCACCUGGAAUUUCAAACACGGCAGCUGGAGCUGAAGGCCAAGAAUUAUGCCGACCAGAUUUCCCGGUUGGAGGAGCGCGAAUCUGAAAUGAAGAAAGAAUACAACGCCCUACAUCAGCGGCACACAGAGAUGAUCCAAACCUAUGUGGAGCACAUUGAGAGAUCCAAGAUGCAGCAGGUCGCUGGAAAUAGUCAAAACGAGAGUGGUCUGUCUGGGAGAAG